AUGCAAAGAGUAGUUAUACUUGCUCGAGAGUAAAAAGGUGGACUAGGAAAUCAAUUAAUGAACUAUGCAGCAGCUUAUACUCUAGCUAAAAGAACAAAUUCAAGGCUUUAUUUAGUUGAUGAAAUGUAUGGAAAUGAGGAAUAAAGGUAAUACUCUGAAACUUCACGAGAUUUUCUAUUGGAUAAGUUCGACUUAAAGUACGAUAAAAUAAUUUCCCUAGAAGAUUAUAAUGAAUUUGACAACUCUGAUGCAAUCAAGCUUGGAUUAGUAAAUUAUCAUCCCUCAAUAGUAAACAAAACAGAAAAUAUCAUAAUGAAUGAUUAUUUCCUCCACUACAGAUAUUUUAAAGACUACUAUUAGGAGAUCUAAGAAAUGAUAAGAUCCUAAGCUAAAUUGUAGAAGUCAGAUGAGUAUUUAUUUUGGGAAAAUAAAAUUAAAAAGAGUCUCGCAAUUGCUGUACAUUUAAGAUUGGGGGAUCUAGAAAAUUAUUAUGGAGAUGGCAAUAGAAAGAUAUCAGUUUAAUAUUAGGUGAGAGCAAUGCAAUUUAUAACUGAAUUACUUCAUCAGAGAUCGAUUGAAAUGCCUCUCUUCUUUGUCUUUACUGACAGUAGUUUAAUUGCAAGGCAAUUUUUUUCAAACACUGCCAAUGUCAAGAUUGUUUCCAAUGGAACUAUGACGAGUAUUGAGGAGUUUUAUCUAAUGAUGAAUUGUAAACAUUUCAUUAUUCCAACUUCAACUUUCAGCUGGAUGGCUGCUUAUGUUUCAAAUUCCAAUGACAAAAUAGUGAUAGCCCCUGAAUAUGACUGGCCUAAACUAUAUGAUUUUAAGACUUAUCAGAAGCCUUCGUACAAGUUUGAUGAAAGAUUUUGGAGUCAAGAUAAAAUGGAAGGAUGGUGGAUUAUUAAUCCAUUCUUAAUCUCAGCUGAUACUCCUAGACAAAUUAAAAGAACUAAUGUGAAGGUUAAAAGGUGA